AUGCCGCCUCUGCCUCCCCACCUGCCCACGCUGGUGCCUACACCACCUGCCGCCGGUUUCCCCGCCUCAGAGCCCGUAGAGAACCUUACCCAAGAUGAAGCGUUGCAGUCGGUUAUUGUUAGGGAUGUUGAUAGGCCCGUGGACUUCGGUGCCUUGAAUGAUGACAUCGAUUUAGAAACAUUUGUGGAGGACAACGACAAUGGAGAUGGAACACAUGAAAUGGACGUCAUAUCCCAAGGAUGGGAGGAUGAUGAACAUGAUGUUGUCUCAGCCGACAAAGAUGACUAUACUUUUGGGCCAAGUACUCCCGAUGAUUUGUUGGAGGAUGAAUACAGGUUUGGGCCUACUACCGAGGACAAAAGUGACUCAUGUGAGGUAGGGUUUAUGGAGUAA